UUAGAAAAUGUUGGCAUUACUGAUAUCCAAUGUAUCAGCUGUUAUGUGCGUGACGUUGUCAAACGAUUUUCAUUUUUGUUAGGUUAGUCGAACCAAUUGUCAAGAUACUAUCGAUAAUUCACCUUGUAGUUUUUCAUCUUUCUGAUGCAAUCGAUGUUAUUUGCGUAAUAAUUAAAAAUUGAUAGUCGAACCGAUGAUAUAAAAGUUCAACGGAUCUCGAUACUGAGAUCAAUUAAGUUUAAAGAAGCAUAUUAUCAUGACGUGGCUUGGUACGAUCGCUAAUAACGUCCUGCGAAACAUUGUUUUUACGGCACCUCCACCUAAUAUAGUUUUAACUGUCAAACCGGAUCAGUAUAGUAAUCGGCUUAUUCUUUGUCGAGAGGAUGGUAUCGUCCUGUAUGGACCUGGGGAAAAGGACGCUACCCCUAAAUAUGAGAUUAUCCUUCAUAGACCCUGCACGGAAACCUUGGAUCAAGCUUACAGCUUGUAUCGAUCGGAUGAAGUGGAAGACAGCGAAAUGCGUUUCUUGAUAUUCAAAGAUAAAGUUCCUGUUUUGGUUCAAAUAUCACGCGAGAUCUCCAGUGUGAGCAAGAUACAAAAAUUAUGCGACACCUUAGUAGAACAUCCAACGUGGACAUUAGCGCAUCUAGCAGCUCAUUUUGCUCUUCACGAGGCGUUUAAAAAUACGGUGGUAAAUAGUCAAUUGAAUAGCAGCUGUUUAGAAACUGGAAUAUCGCCGUUGCAGGUAGCAGUACAGACUAAAAAUUUAUAUACUGUACAAAUGCUCAAAGCUGCUAAUAGUUCGUUGGAACAUACAGAUAAACGUGGGAACACGGUUUAUCAUUUUGCAGCUACUUCAACUAAAGAUAUUAUUUUAACCAUUAAAGGCUUACCAAAUAGUUUAAAUAGUCGAAACGACGAUGGUUAUACGCCAUUACAUAUUGCUUGUAUGAACGAUGAGCCAGAAUGCGUAAAAGCUCUCUUGUUAAUUGGAGCUGAUGUUAAUAUUCCACCAUUAGAUGGACAAUCUUCUAAUCCAGGAUACGUAGGAGACUUCUUACACAAUAAACCUAAUGUACUUUAUUCGGAAGACAUGAGAUUUGGUGGUACGCCUUUGCAUUGGUCUCAUAGUAGACCAGUUAUAAAUGCUUUGAUUGAACACAACGUGGAUAUAGAUGCUGUUAAUUUCCAAGGACGUACAGCUUUACAUGUUAUGGUCGUAAGAAAACGUUUGGAUUGCGUAGUGGCUCUGUUGAGUCACAUGGCUUCUGUUAAUAAAGUUGAUCAGGAUGGUAAUACCCCAUUGCAUCUGGCAGUAAAAUCAGGUAGCAUAGCUUUGGUUCAAAUUCUUAUUGGCUUUGGAGCUGACAUAGAUGCAGAAAAUUGGAAUUCCGAGACACCAAGACAUUUGGUUAAUCUUAAUUCCAACAACGAAAAAAUACUUUACAUCUUGCACGCUGUUGGUGCCCAACGUUGUCCACCUAAUAUGAAGGAUUGUAAAGGUAGCUGUAAAUACAAUGAAAAUUACAAUGGUAUUAUACCGACCGAAUUACAAAGAUCUGUCCCACGUACUACCUUGGAUCAAAUGUUACAUGUAUCUGGUAUGGAAACAAUGGCAUUGUUUGGAAAAAAAAAGAUAAAAGGUGGAAGAUUGUUAUGUCUCGACGGUGGUGGAAUUCGAGGAUUGGUAUUGAUUCAAAUGUUGUUGGAAAUUGAAUCGAUCUUGAAGAAACCAGUAAUAGAAUGUUUCGAUUGGGUUGCUGGUACAUCAACUGGUGGAAUCCUAGCACUUGGCUUGGCAUCAGGAAAAUCAUUGAGAGAAUGUCAAGCUUUGUAUUUCCGUAUUAAGGAGGAUGCUUUUGUUGGUUUUAGACCAUACAAUAGCGAAGGUUUAGAAAAUAUAUUAAAAGAUUGUUUAGGUCCGGAAACGGUAAUGGCCGAUAUAGAAAAGCCUAAAUUAAUGAUAACAGGUGUAUUAGCCGAUCGCAAACCAGUAGAUCUACAUCUUUUCCGUAAUUAUGAGUCACCGAGCGAAUUAUUAGAUGUUCCGAUAAAUACUCAAUUCAAAGAAACGUUAUCGCCCGCAGAACAAUUACUUUGGAAAGCUGCACGUGCCACAGGAGCAGCACCUUCUUAUUUCAGAGCUUUUGGAAGAUUUUUAGACGGCGGUCUUAUAGCUAAUAAUCCAACAUUGGAUGCAAUAACCGAAAUUCACGAAUAUAAUUUAGCAUUAAAAGCUGUUAGACGCGAAUCCGAAGUUGUACCACUCUCGUUGGUAGUUUCCUUAGGUACUGGAUUAAUACCUGUCGAACCAUUAACCGCAAUAGAUGUAUUUAGACCAGAAGGUCUUUGGGAUACAGCUAAAGUUGCCAUGGGUAUUAAUACUUUAGGAUCUUUGUUAGUCGACCAAGCAACAGCUAGCGAUGGAAGAGUUGUAGAUCGUGCUAGAACUUGGUGUUCUAUGAUAGGCGUACCAUAUUACAGAUUUAGCCCACAAUUGACCUCGGAAGUAGCCAUGGAUGAAAAGAAAGAUGAAGUACUGGCGGAAAUGAUAUGGACUACUAAAGCUUUUAUGCAUGCCAAUAGAAAUCAAGUUCAGGAAUUAGCUGCUGUGAUAAAUCAAGACGUGUAGUAUGUGUGUCAUAUAUAUAUUUAAUUCUCGAAGCCGCUUUUUGGUGUUGUAGAUAUUAGAUUGGUUAAUAAGUCUGUAUGGUUUUUGUCCUGUUAUUUACUUAGAACAAAUCACGCUGACUUAUCGGCCAAUCUUUUGAUCAACUAUUAUAGUAUAUAUAUAUAUAUAUAUACACACACACGUGCGGUGAUAUUACUGAUAUUCAUUUAUUCAGAGAAUCUAUUUUUCUUGCGUCAGUUGCACACAUUAGAUACCUGAUCCAUUUGACAUAGUUUAUUUUGAAUAAUAAGUUCCAUUCAAUAAUCAGGUACAAUUAAGAUUUACGACAUUUACGAUUUUUGACAUAUGUAGUAGUUUGUUUUAAUUGUAAGUAGAUUGAGUUUUCUUAAUAUUUGUUUUUUUCAAAACUUCAUAUAUCUUUUGUUGAAUUUUUUUUAACGCAUAAUUACUUGUUUGCGCGAUACAACGAUUUAACAGGAUAAAUUGUAAUUUUUAUUUCUUUCAUCUUUCUCAUUUUUUAUACGAAUAGUUUAAUUUUUAUAGUAAUACUUCUUUUUUUUGUAUUCUCAUUAUGGUAAUUUUGAAAGAUUCGUAAACGCCUGUCAGGAACUUGUAAAAGUAAUAGAAUUACUUAGAUAACAUUUAUGAUUCGCAUAUUUUAUUGGAAAUCUUUGCGG